CUCCAGACUCGGAUUACUUUACAUACCUAGGAACCUAACGAAGGAAAUCCAGGGAGCUAACUUGUUCUGUUCAGGGACCAUAUUCUUCAAGACACUGGAUAACUUCGGAUUUUUCUAGCUAAUGUAGACCAUCACAGGGAUAAAAACUAUUUAUAGAGUUUACGACUAGCUUUUUGUUACUUUUUCUCUCUUGACUUGAUUCAAAUCCCUGUGGAUACCUUACAUACAGCAUCAAGUUGAGCUUAGAAGAUGGAUUUACGCCUUGGCAGGCAUAGAUGUGCCGAAAAGCCCCGCCCACUCAUUCUUCCCUUCUACCUCCAGGAUAACAUCAUUCCCUUAUUUCUUGGAUGCCUAUAAAAGGAUGGACAGCUACUUAGUAAAUAAAUAAACAGGCGAUAAGACUUAGAGAAAUGACAUGUAAUAUCUAGUAUCAUUACACUACCAGUCAGAAUGGAUUCAUCGCGGGCUAUCGACGCGUUAAGGCAGGCUAUCCCAGACGGUCAAUUCUCUCUUCGGGGUACGGCAGAGUACGAAAACUUGAACUCUUCGUAUCUUUCUCAGCUAGAAAGCGAUCUUAAGCCAGCUUGCAUAUUUCAACCCCGAUCUAAACAAGAUGUUGUUGCGUUCGUGAGGACAAUUCAGCAUUUUGCCUCGAAAGGAGACACCAAAUUUGCUGUUCGUGGGGGAGGCCAACAACCAGCGCCUAGCUGUGCUAAUAUCCAAGGUGGCAUCACCGUUGACCUAGGCCUUCUUACAGGGAUAGAGAUCAAGAUGGACGAAGGCCUAGUGCAAAUUGGGGCUGGUGAGCGCUGGGGCGCCGUCUACGAUAAGCUUGACGGCAAGGGCCUUGGCGUCGCUGGUGGUCGAGCUAAUAACUGUGGAAUUGGUGGGCUUGCGCUCCAAGGCGGCCUUUCAUUCUUCUCUUCCCGCGAAGGAUUUAUAUCCGACAAUGUUGUCAACUAUGAGAUUGUAUUGGCUUCAGGGGAAAUCAUCAAUGCCAGUGCCAAGCAAUAUUCCGACUUGUGGAAAGCUUUGCGAGGUGGUGGUAACAACUUUGGUAUUGUUACACGUUACGAUUUCAGGACUUUUCCCCAGGGACCUAUUUGGGGCGGUAACAUAUUUUACUUUCUCCCAGGAAUCCCUGGCCAGAUCGAAAAAUUGGCAAAGGAGCUCAACCAACCAACUCCCUCCCAUGAAACCCAUAUCAUGGUCAGUAUCGGAUAUUCAGGAGCCCUUAGCAAAGAAGCAGUAGGCCUUAAUACAGUUUACUACACCCAAGGUGUAGAAAAUCCGCCAGAACUUGAGGCAUUCACAUCGGUACAACCGCGGAUUGAUCAAUUCAGCUCCAUGAGGAUGUUGACACUAAAGGAAGCUGCCACUGAUCAAGCUGCAGGUGUCUCAAUAGGAACACGGUGUGUAUACAUGAACAUCACCGUAAAAAGUGAUGCUGCUACCUUGAUAACCGCUUCCCAAAUAUACAAGAAAGCACUCGAACCCAUUAAGCUAGUAGAAGGCUUAAGGUGUUCUUUCACCCUCCAACCAUAUCCCGUCUCGCUACUAGAGAAAUCAGCUCAGCAUGGGGGUAAUUCCCUGGGUCUGAAUGCCGCCGACGGACCCCUCGUAUCAGUUUUACUACUUUCUUAUUGGCAAAAUGCGGAGGAUGAUACGAGGGUUUUAGAGAUGAUGAAAGGCGCGCUCGAAAAGAUGAAAGCAGAAGCAUCCAACAAAGGCAAAUUGGUACCUUACGUAUAUAUGAAUUAUGCAUUCGUCGACCAGGACCCCAUUGGAUCUUACGGUGAAUACAAUAAGGGGUAUCUUGUUGAGGUCAGCAACAAGUACGACCCGGAAGGUCUUUUCCAAAGAGGGUGCCCGGGGGGUUUUAAACUGCAUCAUUAAAGAGAAGAAGGGUCCUAUGCCCAUAGUAUAUGAGUAGAUAGGCCCCAAUAACGAAGAAGAUAUAGACUCCUCUGUCAGGAUUCUAGAUGAGACAUCUAGAACAAAGGACAUAUUCAGUUUGUAUAGACACAAACUCUAUGGUGUUCUCCGUAGAGCCGCGAACGUCGGACACGUGACCCGACAUUUUUACCCCUUUUCGAGAGAAUACGUUGAUCAAGGGUAGAGGGAUUCGAAGAUAUCUUGUUCUUUUUCCAGAGGAUAACAUAGAGCAGUGUUACUAGAGAAAGAAGAAGAUUUAUAAUAAUCGCACGACGCUGUAAGCGCAAACAGAAGAACGAUGGAUAAAACAAGUUAGACCUAACCUAGGGAUAUAUAUAUCCGGUACCCCACCUGUAAAGGAUUGAAGCGUAAUCUCAACCUAUCAUAAUCCAUGUUGUUUGAACGAGAA